GCGACGAGGGCACCGGGGGCGGGGGUCUCCUGCCUGACCCCUAUCGCCCCCCAGUCAGCAAAGUGGAGGCUUCUUGGACUUUACAAGCAGAAGAAACAGAUCGGGACAGCCAGCCGCUCCGGGUCAAGGUCUAGCCUACCCCCACCCUCCCGUGCCACCCCCACCCCAUCAUCACCAAGCGCUCCCAACUCACUGGUGAGCGCGGCUGGCUGGGGGCUGGAUGCGGGGACGGCCGCGAUGGCCCCGUGCGCGGGACAGCGGGGGCUCUGGAGCCCGCUCCCGGGGCUGCUGCUCGUGGCAGCGGCGCUGAGCCGGCCCGCCGCGCCCUGUCCCUUCCAGUGCUACUGCUUCGGCAGCCCCCGGCUGCUGUUGCGCUGCGCGUCGGGCGCGGAGCUCCGGCAGCCGCCGCGGGACGUGCCGCCCGACGCGCGCAACCUCACCAUCGUGGGCGCCAACCUGACUGUGCUGCGCGCGGCCGCCUUCGCGGGAGGAGAUGAGGAGGCGACGGAGGGAGUGCGCCUGCCUCUCCUCACUGCGCUGCGCCUCACACACAACAACAUCGAGGUAGUAGAGGACGGCGCCUUCGACGGGCUACCCAGUCUGGCGGCGCUCGACCUGAGCCACAACCCACUUCGCGCCCUGGGAGCCCGUGCCUUCCGCGGGCUGCCAGCGCUGCACUCGCUGCAGCUCAAUCACGCGCUGGCGCGGGGCGGCCCCGGGAUGCUGGAUGCCCUGGACGCCGCGCUCACCCCGCUGGCAGAGCUGCGCCUGCUGGGCUUGGCGGGCAAUGCGCUGAGUCGCCUGCCGCCCGCUGCGCUGCGCCUGCCUCGCCUGGAGCAGCUGGACGCGCGCGUCAACGCACUGACCGGCCUGGGCCCCGACGAGCUGCGCGCACUCGAGCGCGAUGGCGACUUACCCGGGCCGCGCCUGCUGCUGGCGGACAACCCGCUGAUCUGCGGGUGCACCUCGCGCCCCCUGCUGGCCUGGCUCCACAACGCUACCGAGCGCGUGCCCGACGCGCGCCGCCUGCGCUGCGCCUCCCCGCGCGCGCUGCUCGAUCGGCCACUGGUGGACCUGGACGAGGCGCGGAUGGGCUGCGCCGACGGCGAUGCUAACGAGCGCGGGGAAGAGGUGGACGUCGCCGGCCCGGAGCUGGAAGCCUCUUACGUCUUCUUCGGCCUGGUGCUGGCACUCAUCGGCCUCAUCUUCCUCAUGGUGCUCUACCUAAACCGCCGUGGCAUCCAGCGCUGGAUGCGCAACUUGCGCGAGGCCUGCAGGGACCAGAUGGAAGGCUACCACUAUCGCUAUGAGCAGGAUGCAGACCCGCGCCGCGCGCCCACUCCGGCUGCCCCCUCCGGUUCCCGGGCCACUUCCCCGGGCUCUGGUCUUUGAGCCUCACCUCCCUAAUGGGAGGCUGUCCCUGUCAGCUGAUAACUUUACUGGGACCACCCAGCCUUCCCCUGCCUGGCCUGAGCCCUGGAGAUGACACACCAAUGGAGUUUGGAUCUCUGAGACCUUUGGAUCAAUCGUAGCAUCUCUCCCAACCCAAAACUCCAAGGUGUACUGGUUUUUUCCCCUGGCCUAAGAGCUUCCAGGUCAAAAACCCAGAGAUGCCCCCAUCUGUUUCCAAGACCCCGCUCUUCCAUUUGGAAAUCUCUAGCGCUUUCUCCACCACACACGUGUUGAGCCAGACACCUUGGCUAGACUGCACUGACCCCUGUCCCCAGUUAGGAGCCCUCAGUCCUUUUCUCAGAGCUCAGGGGGUCUACAUCACUUCUGGUCUUAUCGGAAGGUUUUUGUGGAGUUUGAGCCGUUUGUCCCACCCCAGAAUUCUGAGCCCUCCAUCUCGUAUUCCACAUCCAGAGGCUCUGUGGCUUAAGUGGCCUCCUCUAGUCUGGCGUGCUUCAUGUACUGAUUCUAGCUCAAGCUUCUCCAUUCCUUGGCCCUGCCUGGGUCUCAGCUCCAGCCCUGUCCCUCUCGAGCCAGGGACAUGCCUUGGUGUAGAAUCCAUCCUUAACCUUUUCAACCGGGAAUUGGAAGUCCCAACGCUCAGUGUUUGUCCUCAGUCUCAAGCUCAGCUCUUCACCUCGGUCACUUCCGUGCCCUGGCCCAAGUCUUAGGCUUACCCAUCACCGGCACUUUACCUGCCUCUGAUCCGGGUCCAGAGAGGAAUCUCCCCCAUCAUGGGGUGCUACCCACUGCCCUCCUAGAAGGAGUUCUCCCAUCCUGCGGGACAAGGGCAAGCACCCUAUGGCGCAUAGGCAAACCCUGGUGAGGAAGAGAGCAUGUGGGGUGUGCAGGGCCUCCAAACCAGGGUCACUGGUCCAUCUGGGAAAGAGAGGCCGGGAGCUGCUAUCUGUCUAGUUUGUCUGCACUCUCUCUCACCCAUGUGGUCCUCCCCUGGGAAAUCCUCGCUACCACCUCUCAUGCCUUCUGGAGGAGGAUAGAGUCUGACUUCUUGUCUCAGUCACAAGCCUUCCUGGGUCAAGGUCAUGGCCUCAGCGCCCUGCCUUCUGCAAGAUCCCAAAGCACAAUGGUGAGUGAGGAGGGGCCGCCUCCCUGCUGCCACUCACCCUAAGUCAGGCAGAAUGGCAGGCCCGUGCUGCCUCUGCACAGGAAGUCUUCCUCCUCUGUGUAUUGGCUUGAGGCCCGCCUUCCCACCCUCAACUGAGAAAUCUGGACCUCCCUUGAGCUGUUUUCUAUAAAGUCUGCAAUAAUCUCCGAUA